UAUCAAUCAGAAACUUAGUCUUGAUCUCAUCUCUCUCUCAAUUUUUGGUUCUUCGAAAAUGGCUGCCGCCUUCAUCUCUCGCCGAUUCAGCUCAAAACUUGUAAGACCCUCUAAGUCUUGCUCGUCAUUCUCCUCCAACUUCUUCACCCAAAACCUCCAAAACCCUACGCCUAAACCCUUGACUCACUUUUCCAAUUCCACUUUCUCACAAACCCCCUCAAACCCUUUCACCUCUUCCUCAAACCCCAACUCCUUUUUCCAAGACUACAAAACAACACCACCAAAUCCAAAACCUUUCAAUCGAAAUUCCACUAAAGGCUUGGCCUUUGAUCCAUCUUUGUCUUCUUCGAUUCACCAAAGGGUUUUUGAUCCAAAACUCAGCAAUUUCAAUCUUGGUACUUUUACCCAAUUGAACACUACUCCCAGAUUCAAAUGGCCUUCGGAUAAUAGACCCAGAUUUCUUUCAACCUCGGGCUCAUCAGAGCCUGAGAAACCCCAAAACCCAAGUGAGUACCCAAGUCAAAACCCUAAUUUCAAGCACCAAGAAAUCGAAGGACCCACUGUGGAGCGAGACCUCUCUGAUUUGGGAAAUGAAACCCGAACAGUUCUUGAAACGAUGGCCAAGAACAUGUACAAUCUGAGCAGGACUGUAGCUCUUCUGGGUUUGGUUCAACUCGCUCUUGGAGCUUACAUUUCAUACAUGACUCGGUCUUCACCAAUACCCGAAGUCUCGAUUCAGAGCUUCUUGGCAUUCGGGUUUCCGUUUUCUUUGGCAUUCAUGUUGAGGCAGUCUCUGAAGCCAAUCUACUUCUUUAAGAAAAUGGAGGAGCAAGGUAGGCUGCAGAUUUUGACUCAUGCUCUUCAAGUUGCUAAGAAUUUGAAUGUUUUUUUCAUUCGGGUUCGUGGGGUUUCUGUCUUGUGCAUUGUGGGUUUGUCAGCUGGAGUUUUGUUCCAAGUUGCAUACAAGUUGACUUGAUUUUGGUAUUAGGUUGUUUUCAUUAUUUGUGAUGCCAUUAUUAUGAACUUAUAUAUCAUAUGGACAUUCACAUUGCAUAUUGUCUAUGAUUUUGGCUACUUGGCAUUUCAAUUUCAAUGUUUCUUCACUUGGCCUACC